AAGUACUGUUUCGAGUAUGACUUGAAUGUCUAUAUAUGGUUCUCAUUGUAUUAAAAUCUGAAAUAAAUCAUAAUUUUUAAAAAAAAUUGGAGGGACCUCAAUAUUAUGGCACUGCACCUGACUAAAAAAAAGUUAGUGGUAGCAGUGCAGCUGGUGCACAAAAAGUAACAGCUUGUAAAACAGAACAAGACAAGAUCUAAUAAUUAUUUUUGAGUGCAUGGUUUAAGUCUAAAAUUUGAUCUGAAGCUGAAACAAAACAGAGUUUAGAGGCCAAAAAGCCCUAAAACCUCAUAUGGGCUAGUUUUCCUUCUAGGUGGUAACAAAUACCUCAAAGGCAGCUGUGACUUAACGCAGUACAAGUGAGAAAUGAUUAGAAUGACAUGUAAACACAACAAAUAUCUCAGAUAACCCGCGAACACGUGUAAUUUUCAGGCACUUCCGAGAUCGUUAGAAUAAACUACAACUCCCAUGAUGCUGUUCGGCUGACCGUAAUCAAAUUCUGCCCAAUCACUUACGUUGAAGGCAGUUCGCCGCAAAAAUACGGAAAGACAGAGUCGUCUUCGGAGGGUAUUCAAAAGAAAGUCCUAUUCAGUUGAUUUUUUUUGUUUAAAAAAUAUUUUUUUAUAUAUAAAAGCUUUAACUCGCAAACGCAACUGACUUGUACUGCAUCGGCGAAAGAGUUCACAUGAGUCAAAGUAAUUUUAACCAAUGGAGAUGACACCUAAAGCAGCCAAACUGUCAUGUGGGUACUCAUCACCUGGUUCAGUCGAGUCAAGCCCCUCUGAGUUUAAAGAAGAGAAGCAUCAUUCUGGGCUGAGUGCCUCCCUCAGGGAGAGGCUGAAGAGAACACGGCGCUCCUUCAUCUCACCCCUUUCUGUGGCCAAGCGCCUUUGUGUUGACAAUGAAGAGGAGGAGGAUACCCCACAUGCUCCAGCAGAGUCCCAGGAGACUAUCGCUGUCCACACUAUGGAUGCAAACAGGACUGAAGUGAAGCUGGGCGGUGAGAGGUUGCCCUCACUUGCUCCCCAACCAUCACACAUCUCCUCAGGAGACUUGGCUCUGCAGCUGAGGAAGGAAGUAAAGGAGAAAAUGGAGACACUGCGUCGACUCAAGAUGGUGAAAAUGUACAGAAGCAAGAAUGAUUUGACGCAGCUCCAAACGUUGAUUGACAAGUGGCGCAGUUGUGCUCAGGCUGCUCUGUAUGAGCUCCAGUCAGAGUUCCCCGUAGACGGAAGGAAGGCCGACCUGUCCGAGCUCAUUGACCUCUUUGGUCUCGAUGAUGGCAUUCUGUGCUUUGACCGUGCAGAGGGAGAAUUUACUACUUAACGCCAGAAGAAGUAUCUUAAGUCCAGCAAGGACGACAGAAAAGAGUUAACACAAUUCAUCUCAUUUAUUGUUAGUGCUUGCUCUUGUUCACAGCAAAAAUAACACUAAAUAUUCUGUUAGCAAAUCAAUGUA